AUGCGUUUGGCACAAACGAAGGAAGAAAGAAAUACAGUGAUAGGUACGGCAACAACAAGCGAGCGUACAAGUGCUGAAGAAACACCAGUUGUGAGUAUAAGCGUGUCGGAAUUGAGACCAAGUGUAUCACGUGGUAGCUGUGACAACAAGAGUGAGAGCAGUAAGCAUAGCAAUAAGCAUAUCAGCGGAAACAGUGAUAGGAAUAGCAAUAAUAACAGCAGCAAGACUAGCAGCAAGAGCAUCGGUAGGAAUAUUAGCAGAGAGAGCAGCAGCAGCAGCAGCAGCAAGAAUAACAAGGUCCACACACUAGAGUACAGCCAGAAAGGCCGACCGUCAGGAUUCAAGAUGUUUGCGAGACGGCUUUCGUUUUCAAAGCACUCACUGCCAAAGCAGUACGAAGAGAAGCACAGCAACUUGUCGCAGUCGAUUGCGGAUGUGAGGCAGCAGACGGCAAAGGCCCCAAAGAUAACGGUCGACACGCAUGUUGGGACAGAGGAAGGGAGCGGGAGUGCAUGCCCCUGCGAUGAAGACGAAGCUCCAGCGGAUGAAAAGAGUAUGGGCAAGGAGGAAGACCGGAGUGAGUACAGGAAGGGUGGGUACCAUCCGGUGUUCAUUGGGGAGCGGUACGGGGUGUUUGGGCAGUACGAAAUCGUGCGGAAGCUCGGGUGGGGCCAUUUUUCGACGGUGUGGUUGGCGUGGGAUGGCUCGGGCAAGAGACACGUGGCAAUCAAGGUGGUGAAGUCUGCAAAAAACUACCGGGAGGCAGCCGAGGACGAGAUCAAGAUCUUGGAGAAGGUGAACAGCGGGCCGGCGGACCACCCGGGCAAGAGCCACGUGGUGCAGCUGCUAGACCACUUUAUACACAAGGGCCCGAACGGCAGCCACAUCUGCAUGGUGUUUGAAGUGUUGGGAGAAAACAUGGUGUCGCUUUUGACCCGAUACAAGAGUUUUCAGGACCACAAGACGCAGGAAAUCCAACGGAAGAGCUUAGGGGACGCUUCGACGCCUCCGUCGCAGACUUCCGGGUUGGGCAACGAUGCUGGAGCGGGCAGCAGCACUGAGUCGCUUCAAUUUCACAUGUCACAGCUCAACGACCUCACAAUUUUGCAUGAGAGUUACGGCGGGUUGCCUGUGACGCUCGUAAAGCAAAUCAGCAAGCAGAUUCUGCUUGGCUUGGACUACUUGCAUCGGUACUGCGGGAUCAUCCACACGGACUUGAAGCCAGAGAACGUGCUUGUGGAGAUCAAGGACGUGGAGGCGUUGGUGGAGGCGUUGAGGGUGGACCGGGGUGUGCAUACAGGGGGAAUGCAUUCUACGGGCGUGCGUUCCGGCUUUGAGCAUCCAGGGCUGGCCCAUCGCCGGGUACAGUCCACUGCCACGACCCCGGUGCGGAUAUCCAAGCCGCUUGCCACUCCCGUCGAGACCUCCAGCUCCGUCGAGAACUUUUUCCGGUCGUUUUCCGUGCACCGGGCGUACUCGAGCACGUCGGAGGCAGGGGGAACAGGGGGUACUUGCCGUAGGCCCACCACGGGAUCAACCAUAGUGCCUACCACGGCCCCCGGUGAAGUCUACGUAGAUGCCCGGGAGACCCCGUCACCCGGUGCACCGAGCACUGGAGGAGACCCCGCCCACAACGAGUCCGCAAAUAACUUAACCAGCAAUAACGCCAAUAAUGAAACCACAAACUUCAGCAACAACGACGCCAAUAACGAAAUUUCAAAUAAUGUUGGAAACAGCGAAACUACCAAUAAUGUGGGAAAUAGUGAAACUACCAAUAAUGUGGGAAAUAGUGAAACUACAAGUAAUUCGGGCAACAGUGAAACCACCAACAACUUCAGCAACAGCGAAACCACAAAUAAUUUCAGCAACAACUUAGCAAACAACGACUCUACGAACAUAAACACCAGCUUCUCUCGCGCGGCAAGCUCGUCGUCGUCACCAUCGAUCCUCAACGAUCUCAGCUCGGUGAUCUCCGUGAAGAUCGCAGACCUGGGCAAUGCAUGCUGGUUCGACACGCACUUCUACCGACAGAUUCAGACCAGGCCUUACCGGGCUCCGGAGGUCAUUAUGGGCGGCCAGUGGGGGUGCUCGGCGGACUUAUGGUCUUGUGGUUGCCUCAUCUUUGAACUUAUCACGGGUGACUACCUGUUCGACCCGCAGAGAGGUGCUAGCUUCGACAAAAACGACGACCACCUCGCCCAGAUGAUCGAGCUGCUUGGAAAGUGGCCGCCAAAGGACUUUCUCCGCCGCUGCAAGUACUCCCGGCACUUUUUUGACAAGACGUACCAGUCGCUUCGCCACAUUGGCAAGUUGAAGGUGUGGACUCUCCCGGAAAUCCUCCAUGAGGAGUAUUUUCUCGAGAUGCCGCUCGCCCGCUGCGUGGCCGACUUUCUUCUCUCAAUGCUCAACUACGAGCCCCAGAAACGUGUUGAUGCUGGAUCCAUGAGCAACCACCCCUGGCUUGCCGAUACAAUGGCUGGAAACAGCGUCGACCGGCCCUUUGGCCUUACCGGCCAGGAUAUAAGGGGCUACAGUUGCGAGUACAGGACCAAAAGGAGAGAGUCUUCCGAAAGUGUCCCUAGCCAGGGUUCUGGCUCCACCGACUCUGCCUCACAUUGA